UGUAGCCAACCACAAACUAGUUAUCUUUGUCAAUCAUCAGUCACAAGCAGCAGUGUGCCGUUCAAGUCCUUGCAAUACCCUGCUCACCAUGUCUGUCAAACCGAUCACAUCUCAUGGCCAGUUCAUUUCCAUCAUGAUGGAAGAAGGGAAGACAGUCAUCGUAGACUUCGUGUCCGAAAGUUGCCCUCAUUGCAAAGCCAUCGCCCCUACCUUUGAUGAGCUCGCAAGCAAGUUCUCGUCGGACAAGAUCGAAUUUUACGUCAUCAAUGCCGAGAAACUCGACGAUGUCAGCUUCGAAGUUGGUGGCAUAACGAGCUAUCCUACGUUCAUCGCAUUCAAGGACGGCAACAAGAUGGAGGAAUCAACGUUUGGUGCUGCUCGUGAGAGGCUGCAGAAAUUUGUGGAGAAACAUUGUUCACCUUGACACCAUAUUGUUUAUGGCACCAGGAAACGAUUUCCGUACGCGUCAACAUUUCAACAAGAUC